AUGGCUGCAUUGAAUUGUUCAACGAAGCUUUUACUUAUACCAGCUUUGAUACUUCUUCUUCUGCUGAUUUUUUACCUAUCCCCUUUCAACCUCCAAAACAACCUUUCCAACAUUUUAUCUUCCUCCAUCAAUUAUACCCACUUCAACACAAACCAUGAAAAUAUCAUGGCCUCAUCCUCAGCAACUGCAUUUCCGGCACUCAAAAGUAUUGGCGGCAAUUCAGCUACUGUGACUUCUAAUAGGCAUAAGAGAACAUCUUUGUUUUGUGGGCAGAAAAGGAGUAGUUUGGAGAGGGUUGAAGAUGAUUUAGCUAGGGCUCGAGCGGCUAUUUAUGAAGCAAUUCGAUCACAUAACUAUUCAUCAACCAAGCCACAAACGUAUAUUCCUACAGGAGAUGUUUACAGAAAUGCUUACGCGUUUCAUCAGAGUCACAUAGAAAUGGAGAAGAGAUUCAAGGUUUGGGUGUACAAGGAAGGAGAACUACCGCUGCUCCACGGUGGACCGGUGAACAACAUCUACGGCAUCGAGGGGCAGUUCAUCGACGAGAUGGAGAGUGGGAAGAGCAAUUUCUUGGCUGACCAUCCUGAUAAAGCGCAUGCAUUUUUUCUCCCCAUCAGCAUUGUCAACAUCGUCAGCUUUCUUUAUAAGCCUCUUGUCACCUAUUCUCGCGAUCAAAUGCAGCGCCUUGUUACAGAUUACGUUGGCAUUGUAGCUAAAAAGUAUCCUUAUUGGAAUAGAAGCCAUGGCGCUGACCAUUUUUCAGUUUCUUGCCACGAUUGGGCUCCAGAUAUAUCGAAAGCUACCCCUGAGCUAUACAAGAACUUCAUCAGAGUACUUUGCAAUGCAAAUACAUCAGAAGGAUUCCAACGUGGAAGAGAUGUUGCAAUACCGGAAAUCAACAUCCCCGUGGGAAAACUUGGCCCUCCGAAGCUCCAUUAUUCAAUAAAACAACGUCGGAUCCUUGCAUUCUUCGCUGGAGGAGCCCAUGGUGACAUAAGAAAGCUCUUAUUGAAGCACUGGAAAGACAAAGACGAAGAAAUUCAGGUCCAUGAGUACCUUCCAAAGAAGAAAGAUUACUUCAAAUUAAUGGGGCACAGUAAGUUUUGCUUAUGCCCUAGUGGAUAUGAAGUUGCAAGUCCAAGAGUUGUGACUGCAUUUCAUGUGGGGUGUGUUCCAGUGAUAAUUUCUGAUCAUUAUGCAUUACCAUUUAGCGAUGUUCUUGAUUGGAGUAAAUUUUCUGUACACAUUCCAUCGGAAAGAAUCCCAGAGAUUAAGGAAAUUCUGAAAGAGAUAUCAGAUGAAAAGUAUUUGGAAAUGCAGAAGAAUGUGCAACAAGUUUCCAGACAUUUUGUAAUGAAUCGUCCUGCUAGACCAUUUGAUGUGAUUCAUAUGUUGCUUCACUCGGUUUGGUUGAGGAGGCUUAAUCUUAAGCUGUUACCAUCUUGAUCAUUUCUGAUCAUUAUGCAUUACCAUUUA